GGCGGCGGCGGCGGCGGCGGCGGAGGCCGAGGCGGAGCCUGGAGAGGUGUGGCUGGACCAAGACCUCCCCUGAUGUAAGCAGGCUCCCUCCCUCCCCCACCACCCGCAGCCAUCACGCCAGGGGACAUCCUGGAGCCCUGGCCCUUAGGGGAGAGGUGUCAGGAGCCCAGAGCCGAGACCAUGUGACGGCGCUGGCCCUUGCCACCGCCGUCCCCCAACCCUGGCCCCAGGCCUGGCACCAUGAUGUUCCGAGACCAAGUGAACAUCCUCGCCAGCUGGUUCAAGGGCUGGAACGAGUGUGAGCAGACCGUGGCCCUGCUGUCACUCCUGAAGCGCGUCACCCGCACCCAAGCCCGCUUUCUGCAGCUCUGCCUGGAGCACUCGCUGGCGGACUGCAGUGAUAUCCACCUGCUGGAGUCAGAGGCCAACAGCGCUGCCAUCGUCAGCCAGUGGCAGCAGGAAUCCAAAGAGAAGGUGGUGUCCCUCCUGCUGUCUCACCUGCCCCUGCUCCAGCCAGGCAACACGGAGGCCAAGUCCGAGUACAUGAGGCUGCUGCAGAAGGUGCUGGCCUACUCCAUUGAGAGCAAUGCCUUCAUCGAGGAGAGCCGCCAGCUCCUCUCCUAUGCCCUCAUCCACCCAGCCACCACACUGGAGGACCGCAACGCACUAGCCCUCUGGCUGAGCCACCUGGAAGAGCGGCUGGCUAGUGGUUUCCGCACCCGGCCAGAGCCUGCCUACCAUUCACGCCAGGGCUCAGAUGAAUGGGGGGGACCUGCAGAGCUGGCCCCUGGAGAGGCAGGGCCAGGCUGGCAGGACAAGCUACCCCGGGAAAAUGGACACGUACCCUUCCACCCAUCCAGCUCAGUGCCGCCGGCCAUCAACAGUAUUGGGAGCAGUGCAAACACAGGUCUCCCCUGCCAAAUCCACCCUAGCCCACUGAAGCGCUCCAUGUCACUCAUCCCUACGAGCCCCCAGGCCCCUGGUGAGUGGCCGAGUCCAGAGGAGCUUGGGGCCCGGGCUGCUUUCACCACACCCGACCACGCACCCCUCUCGCCACAGAGCAGUGUGGCCUCCUCUGGCAGUGAGCAGACGGAGGAGCAGGGCUCCAGCCGGAACACUUUCCAGGAGGAUGGCAGCGGGAUGAAAGAUGUGCCCUCGUGGCUCAAGAGCCUCCGCUUGCACAAGUAUGCUGCUCUGUUUUCACAGAUGAGCUAUGAAGAGAUGAUGACCCUAACUGAGCAGCACCUGGAGUCGCAGAAUGUCACCAAAGGUGCCCGGCACAAGAUAGCUCUGAGCAUCCAGAAGCUACGUGAGAGACAGAGCGUCCUCAAGUCCCUAGAGAAGGAUGUGCUGGAAGGCGGCAAUCUGCGCAGCGCUCUGCAGGAACUGCAGCAGGUCAUCGUCACCCCUAUCAAGGCCUACCGUGUCCUUCAGGCCACCCCUACUGCCAAGGAUGGGGGCCGGGGGGAGCCGCUGCUGCCAGGUGCUGAGCUUCCCCUCACCCACCCUGGAUCAGACAAGGGCACUGAAGCCAAGGACCCUCCAGCUGCAGAGAACUAUCCUCCUCCACCAGCUCCAGCCCCCUCUGAUAGCAGUGAGCCAGCCCCAGCUCCUGUCGCCGACGGAGACAUCCCCAGCCAGUUUACACGGGUGAUGGGCAAAGUGUGCACCCAGCUGCUGGUGUCCCGACCAGACGAGGAGAACAUCACCAGUUACCUCCAGCUCAUCGAAAAGUGCCUGACUCACGAGGCUUUCACAGAGACACAGAAGAAGCGGCUGCUGUCCUGGAAGCAGCAAGUGCUGAAACUCCUGCGGACAGUCCCACGCAAAGCUGCCCUGGACAUGCAGAACUACCGGCAGCAGAAGGGCUGGGCAUUUGGCUCCAACUCUCUCCCCAUAGCUGGCUCUGUGGGGAUGGGUGUGGCCCGGCGGACCCAGCGGCAGUUCCCAAUGCCUCCUCGGGCCCUCCCGCCUGGCAGGAUGGGCCUCCUGAGCCCUUCAGGCAUUGGGGGCGUCUCUCCUCGACAUGCCCUCACCAGCCCCAGUCUUGGGGGUCAGGGCCGACAGAACCUGUGGUUUGCCAAUCCUGGAGGCAGCAACAGCAUGCCGAGCCAGAGCCGCAGCUCUGUGCAGCGCACCCACUCGCUCCCAGUUCAUUCAUCACCCCAGGCUAUGCUCAUGUUCCCUCCAGACUGCCCGGUACCUGGGCCUGACCUGGAGAUCAAUCCCACCCUGGAGUCUCUGUGUCUCAGCAUGACAGAACACGCCUUGGGUGAUGGGACAGACAAAACCUCCACCAUCUGACGGGACCCACAGCCCAGCGCACCCAUAGGCUCCCCGGGCGGCGGGCGGGGCCGUCCCCCAGCAGGCUCCUCCUCGGCAGCGAGAGGGUGGCUGGCGCAGCUAUACACUCUGAUAUUUUUCUACUCAUCCUCUUAACUUUUGUUUAACAUUGGCACACGCCUUGCUCACUCCCAGGCCCAUGGAGGGAUCUCGGCUGAGGCCGAGGGACAGAGAGGGCAGCAAGGGGCAAGGGGCAAGGACUGGCCAGACCGCCUGCCCCUUCCCUCCCAAAUCCCCGACCGGCCCCACCCCACCCCUGCCUCCUCCAGACCACUUGACACCUGUCCUUCCCCGAGAGAGCAGACUUCUCAGAAACAAACUGACCACCUUGUGCAGCCUGCCCUUCAGACACAUGACAGUGGGGGAGCAAGCAGUGUGCACAGCCUGCUCCAGCAGUGUGUCACUGGAGUCGAGCCCCUCCC